UUAUUUGAUGAUGUUUACGUGAUGUUACAUUAUUAGUUAUCUAGACAUGUUGACUAUGAACCUAUUAUGCUGCGGUGAUCGUGGCAAAAAUGUUGCAGAACCUCCUGAGGAAUCCGACUACAUUGAUUUGGCAGACGCUAUGCGUGAAGAAGAACAGAUGCAUGAAGAAUGGGAAUGGCUAAGCAUUCGAUGUGAACGGCGCCUUAAUGAGCACAUGUACUUUUAUAAAAAAGAGAUAAGUGAUAUAUAUGAUACAUUAAGGGACAAUGGAUCGACAUCAGCUCCGGAUAAAUAUACUAGUUAUGUUCCCAAACUGGUUCGUCGUUUUAUACACCGCCGCAUUGGCAAACAUGAAAUGCCUUCGCGUACCAUUGAGGAAUGUUAUGCGGUAACAGUAUUCUGCGAUGCUAGUGGUUUUACUGCAUUGGCCGAGGCCAUUGAGCGCUCUGGUGAUCCAGAGGCUGCUGCCACGCUAGGAAAAUCUCUCAACGACUUUUUUGACCCUUUGAUCAGUAUAAUCAACAAUUGGGGAGGUGAUAUAAUGAAGUUUGCAGGUGAUGCUGCUCUUGUGGCUUGGUUUAUCCCUAAAAAUGAUGGACACGACAACCAUAGUGGUACCCAAGAUAGUGGUAGAAAGUUAGCUAGUGGUCGUGGAGCCGAAUGUUUUGAACCAAGUCAUGAAGACGCUUGGAAGCAAUGUGCGUUAGCUUUGAAAUGUUGUGAAGAACUACACAAGACACUUCAUGAUUUCCCAACAAAUAUCGAAGGCAAAACUCUAACAUUGCACAUAGGGGUUGGAUUCGGCAAAGUAUGUGUAAUUCACGUGGGAGGUUUGCUGGAACGAUGGGAGGUUGUGGUUGCUGGCAAGCCACUGGAAGAAAUAGCCGUUGCUGAGCCUUUAGCUUCCAGCGGCCAAACUGUGAUUUCACAAUCAGUAUAUGAUGUAAUGUGCUCCCAUAUCGAGGUAGAUACCAUCGAUAAUUACCCUGAUUAUCAUUUAUUCCGCCGUUUUGUUGAAGACGUCGACGUGGAUCCAGGAGAUAUUGUCAAUGAGAGCUUUGACUUUCCAAUAGAAUCUUUAUCGGAAUUCCGGCAUUAUAUGCCCAACUACAUUUUUAACAAGCUCCUUUCAGGAUACAGUACUUUCAACAAUGAAAUGAGACGUUUAUCAACGCUUUUCAUUUCUGUCCCUGGGUUAGAUGUGGCUUCUAAAUCAGGUCGUGAACGAGCACAUCAGUUUAUGAAAAUUUGUCAGCGCGCCACUUAUGCACUUGAAGGCAGUGUCAACAAGUUUUUGGUAGAUGAUAAAGGAGUGGUGCUUUUAAUAUUUAUCGGAUUCCCGCCCGUGUACCACACUGAUGAUCCAGUUAGGGCUGUUUUUGUUGGCUUAAAGAUUGCCCAUGAUUGUGCCAAAUUAGGUUUGAAACCAGGAAUUGGAAUCACAUCCGGAUCUGUUUGGUGUGGUACCUUGGGUAACGACAUUCGUCGGGAGUAUACUUGUUUGGGUGACUACGUAAACCUUUCUGCUCGUUUAAUGGGCAAAGCUGCCAGAUACGAACAACAUCGCAUUUUGGUUGAUGAAGCAACCGUUAAAGAAGCGGGGAGCAUAUUAGAAUUUAUCGAAUUAGAAUCGGUGAAGCUGAAAGGUAAAGAAGCGUGGGUGAAAAUUUUUACGCCUACCGGUAAGGUGCGUAAAUUAGAUCCUCAAGCACUGCAAAACAUGUCUCCUCUUGAAACUUGGCGUCGUUGGGAAUCUUACAAUGAAGUUCGACGGAAGUUACUCACCAAUGGUUUACUGGAGCGUGGUGGUGUCAUGCUUGUGAAUGGCCAUAAUGGUUGUGGAAUUGGUGAUAUGCAAUCGUCCAUCAUUCGUUUGGUAAAGCAGGAAGGAUUCACAAAUUGUUUUUCGGUUAGUACCAUGAAAGAGGAUUCUCCUGUAAUAUCAAUUGCUUCUGAUUUACAUUAUGCGUGGCGUAAUCUAUGCACUUCACUAGUUUCUACAUGGGCAACUUGCCCUGCACGCAAACGAAUGAUGGGAGCGUAUCACUCCAAAUAUCGCUAUCUCCAAUCCGAAACUGGUGUAUCAAAGAAGGCAGUGUCCGAUAUUGUCAAGGAGCUUCUAGAUCCUGAAUACCAUUGGCGCGUCGCUGGAAUAAAGUCACUUAUCCUGGGUCUUGAAGUUGAACCUUUGCGUACGCUGUUCGGCCACUCUUUGAUUCCUGCACCUCAAUCAACUCCUGGUGUAAUGGGUAAGCUUCAGCGUUGGAUGUCUGAAGGUGAGCUUCGAGAUGCGGAAGAAGAAUUUUUUGAGGCUGACACAGGGUCCACCACGGAAUCAGAAGACGGCUAUGAUAGUGAUUCGUUGUUUCCCGAGGAAGACCAACGGUAUGAUACCACACUUCUGGAUCAACGUAUGCUAGAAGAGUCCAUUGCACCAUUUGUUGCGUCUAUGGUUGAGGGUUUCUCUUUGAAAGAAUGUAUUUGCAUAGUAUUGAACAUUAGAAUGGGCAGUUCGGUCUAUGCUACUAUGGCUGACGACUCGUGGGUUACUGUAUGUCACCUAGCCCGUUUGGCUAUGCAACGUCGCAAAGAGCUUAUGGAUGGCACAUCCACGGCUAAGCCAUUUUUGUUUAUAAUUAUGUCAUCUCCUCAGCACAUAUUCAUUCGUUGGCACAUGGAGCUUGUAGCUGUAGCCAAUGAGUGUAAUGCACUAAUCAAGCUGCCAAAACUUACACAAGAUCAGCUUGCUGAUUUCAUAGCUCAUGCUCUUGAUCUGGAGGAUUCCAAUUCCGUGCCUGAAGAGCUUGUUGAUUACAUAUACCAAAAUACUUCUGGGAUGCCACGGUUUGCCUACAGAACCUUAGAUAAGCUGGUAGCAUCCGGUGCCAUAGUCUUAGAGGACGUUGAGACUGGAUCUGCUGAGACUUCAGACGACGACGAAGCGGACACUUUUUACAAAACUGGUCUCUUGCGUCGAGAUGAGAUUCUUGAUUUUUUUCAUAUUCCACGUCGCCCCGGCAGCAGGUCAAUAUGUGCUGAACAGAUGCAAGAUCUUGGCAUAUAUUUAGAUGACCCUAAGCGUGUUCGUAAACGUCUGGUGAGUUGGAAUCUUGACAAUUACGGACUUAUUGAUGAGACUCUUUCAUUUGCCAUGAGUGCUGUUGAUAGGUUACAGCCUGAUGAGUUAUUUGUUGCUAAGGUGGCUUCUGUAUUGCCAUCACCCUUCACUCGAACGGAUUUAUUUGGUAAGAACCCACAGGGCUUUACUGAUGAGCAGUUUGAUACGAUUCUCCGUAAUUUAUUGGCCAACGAAAUUGUAGAACCAAUUUCUAACAUACCACUUAUUGAUGCGGCUUCACCUGGUGAUCUGUCACUUCGUCUUGCCAGUGCUGCGAUAGCCAAAGUGCUAACUCAGCGGGUAAUGGAAGAUGAGCGUGCUUGGUUUGCUGAGCAUUUUGCUGUUGCGCAAUGACAGGAUCGUUAUGCGUGUAAACCAUGCUAUCGUUGCUAUAUAACUAGUAUAAUGUAAUUAUGCUAUUCGUUUU